CAGGCAGCUGGAGACCUUUCUGCCCGGGAAGCCCAGGAGGAAGGAGCUCUGCAGGAGCUGUGCAUGGACAUCCUGGGAUCUCUGGACGUCUCUGCGACAGGGAUGUCCAAACUCCUGUGGCCACGGCUGCUGCUGUUCGUGGUGCCAGCCCAGCACACCGGCAUGCUGAUCCCGGUCUCGCGCUGUGUCCGAGCCCUGGCCGAGAGAGAGGAUCUGACAGGACGGCGAGUAGAGGAGCUGGAUCCCCAUUUCCUCAGCUCCAUGUUUCAAGGUAGGAGCAGAAGCUCCGCCAGUGAGCUCUGCUGACCUGUGCUACCACCCAGAAGGGACAGUGGAGCUGCGCAUGGCU